GCCGGCACGCUUUCUCCGUCCUCAUGUCCCGCUCGUCCUCCCCCAUCUCCACCGGAGCAUCCGUCGCCGGCGUCGUCCAGCCUUCUCCGCGUGAAACUGAAACUGAAACUGAAGCCCCUCAUCUCUCGCCGCAGUUUGCAAGGAUGUUGUUGUUGGAGCUCAAGCUGCAGGAGGAGCGGCUCAACCACGGGAGGAGAACAGAGUACGGCAAGAGGAGCUCAAGCGUGCCCGGCUGCUGCUGGAGGAGACCAUGUACUGGAGGAGGAGGAACUCAAGCGCGCUCAGCUGCUGCAGGCGGAGGAGAAGAGAGUGCUGCAGCUCAAGCACGCCCAGCUGCAGGAGGCCAUGCUGAAGUCGGUGAAAGCGCUGGAGUCCGUUACAAGGUCGAUAGACAAGAUUAAGUCCUCUGCAUUGUCGUUGAUUCAUUGUGCUUAAACAUCACAUGGUCCCAUUGACUUUGAGAUUCAACCAACAACUAAAUAAAAGUAGUAACUCACGAGGCACAGCCUGAGGAUGAAUGAAGAUGGGAAAUCAGGUCUUUCUUGGUACA